AUGGCCAUGCAAGUAAUGUGUCAACCUAACUUGUGGUUUCAGCACCCCCUGGACGGGUUUAAUGGACGCUAUGUACUCGUUGGGUACUUAGCUCACAACCACUGCCAUAUUUCUCCCCUCUACGCCUCAGAGUGUGAGAUGGUACCGGCCAUCUCCUCGGGGUUCAGCAAUGUAGACUUACCUAUAGUUGGAAUCCUCGCUAUCCCUCAGGGUUCAGGGGAAACAGGUUUCCAUACUGUGUAUGAAAGACAGCUCGGUGACGGUGAUUUUCUUCGAGUGGUCGUAACCGGGUUCUGUCGGCCAGACGCAUCAGGGUGCCCCAGUCAGGUGUGGCUCCUUGACGCGUUGACCCACAUCCAAUUCCACGAGGCUCCAUUUCCGUAUGGUUUUCCUCCCCCAGCCCCGCUUGCCACAAUCGAGGUAGCACCUAUCUCGCAUGCGUUGCAGGUCUUUGCCCCUCCUAUGACAGAUCAAGAGAUGGUGUCGUUGAUACCGUCUAUUACGCCAAGUCUUGUUGGUGACAUCGAUUACGAUUACUCCUGCUACACCGAUAACUCACUGAUGCAAUUUGAAACAACUCAUAUUGAAGACUUCGGCCCAAUCAAUACAUUUCCCCCUGUCGUCAAUCCAACAAUUGUGUUUCAUCAGGACCUUGUCUGGCGAAGUGAAGGUACUCUGAUCGAUAACUUGUACCGCAAGGCUAUCACCCGUGCAUUGAACGGAUCGCCCUGGAAACGGCUGUUAUUCGUCACGAAGAAUAUAUACAUUGGCAGCUACUGGGUUGGGUUACAAAAUCCAUUCGAUUUUCUUGAAAAACUACCAUCGGCCUUAGCAAACGACAGACGCCUACUCUCCAACUUUUUUGUGAUGGCAAUAGAAAUGAACCAUACGUCAUUGCAAGAACUUCAUGAGCAACCACUGAUGGUAGAAACUAAGACUGGUGUUCAAGCCAUUGGAUGGGAUGUCCUUCGCUUGAUGGUAUGGUCUCGUGCCUCACCUUCACUCGCUUCUAAGUAUUGCAAGCAGUUCGCCAAGUACAUCGAGUCCCGGAAUACAGAAAUGCGCAAGAUCAUUCGAGGGUGCAUUCUCUCUAACACAGGAUUUUCAGGCACCGGGAAAGAUGAUCAAGAUGCCAAGGUGCAGCAAGGUAUUUUAGAAAUCGUAAGGCUACAAAUGUUUAGCGAACUACUCUGGGUAUCCACGUUCCAACAUAUCAGCGGCUUGGCUGAGGGCAACCGCCAAGGGAGACUUGCAGACCUGUUCCCCGAAGAAGUCCAAGGUCGGGAUGACCUAUUGGGUCCGGGUCUAGUUGCGACUUUGCUCACUGUGAUAUACCACACGUUUCAUAUCUGGCUCCCAGAUAAAACUCCAGGCUGCAAACUGUCUGCCAUGUAUCGGAUCAUUUUGGCGUCAUUGGGAAAACUAUAUGCCAACGAAUACCAGUUCCCUCAAUUCCAUGAAAUAAUGAGGAAGCUGCCUUUCAUCACAGUGGCGAAUGUCCUGCCUAUCAACCCCAAAGUAUUGGAGCCGAAAAUGUCUGUGAACGACAACCGGCUAAGAAAUAUGAGCGACAUUUUACCCAUCGUGAUGCAUACGAUGGACUCCACUCACCCUGGCCUUCCCAAUGCGGUUUUCAGCUCCCUACACUCGCAAAGAGCCAUGCAAGAAGUCGAUGCUUCAUGCUUCUGA